AUGGAUCUUACAACUCAAAUACGCUCCGCUUUGAAUUCUCAAUCCUUCCCGACCCCCUCCAUUCCCUGGACGACGAUCCUGACCUCGCGCGUACCGACCCCUCCACUCCCCUCCCUCAUCGCCACCGCAAAAGCGCGCCUUCUCGCCUCCGACCUCACGACGGCAGACCUCCUUGACCCCUCCUCUACCGCCGUGCUCCCCAAAAUUAACCCCAAGACGCCCGAGGCGGUCCUGCCGAAAAACGUCCCGUGCCAGGUCCUCGACAUUGAGAACCUGAGUCUCUCGCGUUGGGAGCAGGUCGAGGAGCUCGAGGCCGUGGCGAGGGGCGAGCAGACGUCGGGCCGGAGGGUUGUAAGGCUGGCCGCUGCUGAUGAUCCCGACUACGAUAAUCUCGACGACGGUCCCGGUCCUGGUCCCGCCGGUGUUGGUGCGGGUCGGCAGCAACAGCAGUUACAGCAACGACAAAACGCGACGCAUAGGCUCGUGCUGCAGGACUGCAAGGGACAGAAGGUUUAUGCGAUGGAGCUCCGACGCAUGGAGAGGAUCGGCAUUGGGAGCACGAACAUCGGCGAAAAGAUCAUGCUCAAGAAGGGGACGGUCAUUGCUAGGGGUACGGUGCUGCUUGAGUCGAACAAUUGCGUUCUGCUAGGCGGGAAGAUCGAUGCCUGGCAGAAGGCCUGGGUCGAGGGGAGAAUGGCGAGAUUAAAGGAAGCUGUCGAGUCCGAACGGGGAUAG